UUACCACUAUCAUGACUAACCAAAAUACUUCUUUUGAUCCUUUACUUGCGAAUCAACACAAGGCAAGAAAUUUUACUGUUGAUACAACUCUUUUUAAAAAAACGUCUCUCCAAUAAAUUCUUUCAUUUUCAAACUGUUGAUCAAGGGUCUGCAUUUUUAAAAAUGUGUUGCAUAAAUUGUCAGUGCAGGUGUGUGCUCAUUUGAUUGUUCAUGGUCUGAAAUUCUGUUUAUUUUGGGCCAACCAGACUCAAAUCUCUUCAUUCUUUUUAUGAGCUGUUAUAUUUAAUCUUUUAAGAAUUAAAAUAUCAAGUGAAUAAAUCACUACAUAAAAAACACUACUAAAUAAAUGCAACAUUCUCUGAAUGCUUACACAUAUUCAUUAAUUUCUUUUAGUAUCCCAUACAACAAUGAAACAAAGACAGAGAGCGUUUCAUUAUUUAUAAAAAAAAAUUUGAUAACUGAAGUACGAACACUGAUGAUCAGUGUGAACAAGUUAAAUACGCAAAUAUUAAUAGAAUGAAAAACAAACUAUGUGGUUAUCGUGGUGUUAACUUCUCUCAUAGUAGCAACCUCUGUGUGCGAAUCAGAGAGUCCAAUAGUUUUUUUUUUAAACAUAACAAUAUAAGAACAAUUCAGGAUCUGGCUCAUUACUUUUAAAAUUUUUUUUUUUAAAGUUCCGUAUAUAAGCCAAUGAAUUUUUACUUUUCUUUUGCUUGUUAAACUUGAAGGAAAAACACCAGGGAAGUAAUAUUUCCGAAUUGAAAUAAACAAAUGGCCUAAUUAUUUCUUUCCUUCCUUAAAAAAAACAACCUUGCGUACAAUUAUAAUUAAUAUAAAAAGAGAAACAAUCAAUAGCUCAUGCCGUUAUGACUUAGUAGACCUGCUGUUUUCAAAAUUUAAAGUUGGUUAAAUCCGACCCUGGUCUAAUGGCAAGUUUUCCAUGUUUGAAAUAAGUUACCAAGAUAUAAAAUACUCCUGUGUACAAGCGGGGGGGAGGGGGGGGGACGGAAAUGAGGAGGGUAACCCCUAUGUACCUAAAUCAAAGGGAUCAUAAAACGUAAUUCCAGCAAAACAUAUUUAUUUUUCAGUCUUUUUUCAGGUGCAGAUAUUACUUGGUAAUAAUAAUAAUAAUAAUAAAGUUCAUUUCAAAAACACGCUUCAUCCCCAAAGGCUCGAAGCGCGGUACAAAGUCAACGAAAUACAAAUCUAUAAUUUACCACAUUUAAAACAAACGCAACACUCCAAAAACUAAUUACUAGCAUACAAUUGCAAAGUCUUUCUAGCCAUUUCAACCCCAAGCAACACAGCCAUUAUGCAUUAACUGGAAAAUAGGAGGCAAGACAAGCAACUUGUCCUGGUACCACUACUUAUUUAGUUUGGUGUCUUUUUCAGAUGGCGUCUUUUUCAAACAAAGUAAGAUAAUAAUUUUCUUUUAACAUGAAAUGGGCUUCUUCAUACAACUUUGACCCUUAAAUAAAUGUAAAAAAAAAUAUAUUACGUCUCAUUGUAACAUAUGCAUGGUGGGAGUUUCCUGGUUAUGCCAUUCAAAUCUUUGAUGCCAACCUUUGAAGUAAGCGCAACGGUCCACGGUCCACAGCGAUUCAAAAUAAUUUUGCCAAGCAGAGUCUACUGGUCAUGGUGGCACUGGUCAUUAUAGCUUAUUACACCUGUAUAGUGAAUGGGUCAGACAUUUGCUACUGAGUAGAACUGGCUUCAAUUUCUUCAACCAGUUAUAGUAAUUAUGGCUUGCCAGCAGGCUUCAAUUCAGUGUAUCUCAACCUUUGUUGAUGAAAGAUGUUCUCUCCAACUCUGCUUCCCCCUUAAAGCUUUAAUAUAUUCCUAUCACUCAAAGCACAUAGUUUUCUCUCCCUUCCCCAACCCCUCAAUAAAUAAUCUUCAAAUAUUCUCUGGUGGGCCAUAUGCCCCACAUAGGAAAAAAGCUUGUGUAACCCAAAGAGAAUAUCUAUAAUUGUGAUACAUUAUGUGUCACUGCAUUAUUAUAAAAUUAUAGUUCAUUAUAUUUAUUAUAAAAAUAGUGUAAUGAAUUACCCAGAAUUUGUCAUUAGGUGUCGAUAUAUAGAUAUUUCGAGGAUAAAUACAGAUUAAUUAAUGGCACGCCGAUUUUAUUGGCAUUGGCCUAUUACCCAUGGCCAGUUAAUCAUAAUCUGCCAGUUAGCUAAUCGGCGCAACCAUACAUUGUCUGGGACUUUAUUUUUGUUUUUUGACUUAUGUGGAUUGUUAUGUGAUUGUUGAGGUUGAUCAUUAGGGCCUAAAAGUUUUUAUUUUAAAACAGUUGACACCAGAUGCCAUGUCUAUUUUUCAUCUAGACUUUCAUAACUUGAUAAGAAGAUGUAAUCAACAUCACAUGGCUUCUCAUGAUUAAGUUUGAUACAUUCAGUAUUCCAGGAUCCAACACAAGAAUUUAUUAAAGAUUACUGAUAUGUAAGGAAAUAAUAAGCAGUUGCUAGAGCCCAAUGUUUCCUUCCUCACAUAGGCCUAAGCAAAAUUUGAGAUGAACAUGGAUACUUUUUGUAUACCUCAGAUAUUGCUGCAAGACCCGCCAGUGACCUGCCGUAGCCCUUUCCCUUGUUUAGUCUAUCUUAUUGGGUCUUUGCAUACUGUGCACCAUAAUUAAAGACACUAAUUAGAUAUUUCAAUAUGAUAGAUUCAGCUAUAGUCUGAAGACCAUGGAGUGUUGUUUUAAUCAAAAGGAUGGAAAUUGAAUGUUUCAUAUUUAUUGUGCAUACAGUAUCAUACAUAUUAAUACAAGAAGAGUAAAGCCCCCAGAAACUCCAAUAUUCCAAGGGCUCAUCUCUCCCUACCGAAUCACUUUCUUUAUUAAAUUUAAAUGCAUUACCUUUGAUUUUUUAAGUACCAUUUUGACCCCAAAUUUCACAUAUUAUAUGCUAUAGUAUAUGGUAAAUGGUGUUUAGUUAUCCAGUUGGAAACAUGCGGACCACAUCCACCUCCCCUGAAACAUUUCAUGCAGCCCACAAGACCUUCCGAGAACUGGAUUAAUGUUUUAUUUCAUAAAUGAACACAUUGUGAAUGAGGAUCUGUAAAGGCUUUGAAAAUUAAAUAAAGUGCAAAACUGUUAAUACUGGUAGUAAUAAACUUCCUCACAAAUUUAAAAAUUAUUCCACUACCUAUUAGCGAACUGAACCCGAAAUUAAAAUGUGAAGCUUAUCUACGGCGAAGCAAUGUAUUUAAAAAACAAAAAUGAUGCAGCUAAAGAUCAAAUUUUAAAGAAGUGUUUUUUUUUCCACUUGAUCAUAACUAGGGAUUUACAAUCAAAACCAUUUUCAAUUAUAACCUGUUAAAAAAUAUCCUAUCUGUCAUAAUUUCAGUUUGUUGUGAUGGCCCCAACUCAUGUCCUGGUCCUCUUUAUGCUGCUGGUAGCACACAGUACCGACAAAUGCAGUGGUAUGCCAUUGAACUGUGGAGCUGGGCAAUUCCUGAAUAAAACGCAAGGGGCCAAUCCUUUCUGUCAAGAAUGCCCCAUCAACUCUUAUAUGGAUGACUACAACCAUACAAUGGAAUCCUGCAAGACAUGCAGAAAUUAUACUGUGCGGGGUGAUCAGGUUGUGGAGGUAGUGCCAUGCAAUAACAAAUCUAGGACCAAAAUCCUGCGAUGUGCAGAUGGUUUUUACUUAGAGGACUUUUUAAAUGAUUAUGGUUGCAAGCCUUGUGAUUUGGACGCUCCUGACUGUUAUAGUUCUGUGACUGAAAUUGACACGACUGUUGAUCCAAUGGAGACUUUAGAUCCAAUGGAUUCAUUGCCUGUAAAACUUGACUCUACUAGCAUCACUCUAACAAGCUCAACAUUAAAAAAAGACGACUCUUGUAUGGCAAGUGGCUGUUCAUUUAAUGAAUUUGUGAAAAUGAACUGCACCCGGGCAGGAAGUGUAGACGAGACAAUCCUUGGUGUCUUAUGCCAGCCUUGUCCAAGUGGUACACACAUGAACAAGACCAAUCACACUGAAACAUCAUGCGUGUCUAAUGCAUUAUCAUAUGAUGACACUGAAGGAAAGAACACUUUAAUUUUGGCAUUAUGCAUUGCAGGUUGUGCUUUUCUUUUAUUGGCAUUAAUUUUUUUAUUUUUUUAUUUCCGCAAAAAAAAGCAACAAUAUGAUCCGGUCUCAAUACAUGUAUAAUAACAACUAAAAUUUAAAUGACACCAUCAUGAAAUUUAGAGUUCUAUGGGUAUUGUUUAAUUUAAUGAAAUGUUAUUGUUUUAGUAUAAAUUAGAUUACAUAAACUAAAUAAGCCCCAAAAUUUGUGUUUAGUCUCUAAAGUUCUUUGUGAACAAGAUAAGAAUGCUAUUUGCCUUGAGUGUUUUAAAUAAUAAUCUGGAGGAAAUGUGUAGUUUUUUUUCCAGAUGUAAAAGAAAUUUCCUUUGAUACCAGUAUGUUUGAAAUAUAUGGGAAUGAUGUUAUGUUAUGACCAGUUAGCAUUUAAUUUUUUUAUCCAAUUUUUCUUCAGUCAUGGGUUGUACUAAUGUAAACAUGAACUGUCACGUGGAUUCACCCAUACAGCCUAUGCUAUUUUUGUUUGCUCUGUCAUUUUACUCUUAUUUUGUUUUUAUUUUUCUGCUGUAUAUUUAAAGACUUUAUUUCUGCUCACUAAUCCUUCCACAAAGACUUUCUUUUCCAUAAUUCAUUAACAAAUUUUAAAAAUUAUUUUCUACUUUUAUAUUUAGUGCAUUUAAAUUUAUCUUUCAGAAAAAUUAAGUUUAAAAAAAAAAUUUGUUUGCUAAUUGUAUAUUCUUUAUUAUGAUUUUCAAGGCAUAAUUUAAAUAUUAUCAUAUUAUGAUAUGAAUAUAUGAAAUGUUUUGACUGCUGAAAGGGGUUCAGGGGCAGAACUCAAAGUAAUUCCUUUGGUCGUCCUUACAGCUUUACUUGAGACUUAAUGAUCUGUGUCUCUCAACUUACCUUCUUGUAUUCUUGUAUUUCCUCUGGUCAUCAAGGCUUUUUGGAGUUUUUUUCCUACAUGAAAUAGCAAAACAUUGACUUGUUUCGUAAUUGUUUAUCUGUUUAUUAAUACUUUUUAAAAAAUGAUAUCUGUCAUGCAGCCUCUUGUUACAUUUAUUUUUUGUAUCAAUGUGAUAAAUAUUUGCUGUAUUUAUUUUAACUAGUAACUCUUUUUUUUAAAAAUGCAGUCCAACAUGCACAUUUUGAAUUGGAAAAGUAAAAUUUUGUCUUAAAAUGGCACAAAUUGUCUACAGGAAGGACCCCAAAAAAAAAACCUUGGUGUUUUAAUUUAAUUUUUUUUGUAUUGGACUGUAAUCUCACUGUUAGACUAACACUUUUAUUUUUUGCUCAAUUAAAAAACCAGCUCAUUUCUUACGGGAUAGCAUAAUGUAUUUACUUUUUUUUUUUUUUAAAUGCAUUUAUUAUUAUGCAGGUGAUACUUUAAAUUUUGUAAGAAGCACGAUCCCCGAAAUAUUUAUGAUGGCUGAAAGUAUUUCUGCAUGUCUUUGUCAAGCCGUGUCAGGUGUCAUAACACUUGCCAUUCAUGAGAUUCAUAAAGUUAUGCCUUUUAAAUUCACGGCAGCUAAUAACUAUAGUACGGUCAUCCCUCGCCACUUCGGGCUGCAACUUUCGCUGCUUCACGAUGUCAUAUUCCCCCCCCUCAAAUAUGGCAUAUAUUUAUAAAAAUAAGUUGAUUGAGAUAGUGACAAUGAUACAGCUCGAUAGUGACAAUGAUACAGCUUGUGCUUAAGACCGUAUUUAGGGGGUCGUGAACAGGUUUUCUAUGCUCUAGCUACAAAAACCCUUGAUUUAUAAAUAAAGAAUUUUACUUCGCCGAAAUUUACAGCUCGGUAGAGUCUAACCGAUUAACGGUAAGGGACGACUGUAUUACCUGUUAUAAGAUUUAAUAUGCAAUUUCCUGUGGCAGACAUUCGACAGUUAUUGCUAUUGCAAUUGUUUAUGCACAUGGGGUAGAAGCAGAUGAGAAAGAAUGGUUGGUUUUAUCUAAAUUAAUGUCAUCCAUUUCAGAUCUGUCUGAGGCUAGUGCCUUUUAACAAUUGUUACCAUUAGUGUAUAAUCUAUAAGUAUAAAAACACAUGAGCAUUUUUUAUGUUACAUUUGUUCAAAAACUAAACUGCAAGGGCUUUGGGCAUUACCUGACUUGGACUUGUCUUAAUAAGUCACAAAGGGCAUGUUUGGUUUUUUGGCUAGGGCUUUAAGAGGGGAGACAGGGAGAUUUUUUUGACGGUUGUGACUAGAUUUUCAUUUUUUUGGUCCGAGGUACUAAAUAAUUGAGAGCUCUUUCAGACAUUGUGGUCUUUUUAUGUAUAUAAAAAUAUAAAUUUGUUCAUCCGAAAUGAGAAAUGACUUCCGAUAUUGUCCUGCAAUACUCUUUGUUGUGUCUGUUUAUAUUAAACUGAAAUGUAAUUGAACAUUUUUACGUGUGUCUUUCUUGAUUUUAGAUAUAUUCGUAAAAUCAAUAUCAAAAUACUGUAUUAAUAAUGUGCAUUGGAUUUAACUUUUUAUGCUACAUUACAUAGCAAUCGAAUCAACACCUGAUGUCAGGACUGUUAACAUUCCAUCUUAACAACAUCAUAACAUAAUUUUCCUUUGCAGAGAAACCCCUACCAGACACACACUGUUUGUAUAUUAUUCCAAAUUUGUUUCAUUCCAAUAGUGACCAAAGAAGUGCUUAAAUUAUCCUGUAUUAAUGAAUGAAAUUGACUGUUAGAAAACAAAUUCUUUUUCUGGUAAUUUAAGGCAUUUUUAGCAUUAUAUUUUUAUUCAUGUCUCAUUGUAUAUAAAUAUAACUUUUACAUUAUUAAUACUGACACUAAAAACAAUGAAAAAAAAAAAGUUGAGAUUUAACAUUGAAUGAAUGCAGUCUAACACAUGGUGAGCCAGUACUACAAUAGCACAUCAUUGAUUACAUUAAGUUUUAUCUGCAAUCAAAAUUUGCUUAGACUUUAUCAGAGCAUGGCUGAAUGUGUCACCGUUAGUCUUUGGAGUUGAAAUCAAAGGGAAACGAUUCUCUAACUGAAUUAUUCCAUUGCUGAAGUGUAAUUGUGCUUUUUUUAACUUUUAUUUUACUUGAAAAAGAAAAUGUUUGAUACACCGUGUGGAAAAAAAGUGUUAUAUAAAAAAAGAGAGAAAAACCACAUACAUCUCAGAUACAACAUUUCAGCUACGUUUUAAUUUUAUAUUUGUGUUAGUCUUUGUCUGCCGAAGAAGUCUUCUUGCCAAC